AUGGCAACGUGUCGUUCGAGACCCUCCAAGAGGCCUUUGGGCCACAAUCCCUCGGGAUUUUGGUGGUGGGGGCUUCCUGAGAAUUUUGCCCAGCUGAGACUCCAGGCUCUUUCUUACUCGUCUUACUUGGGCAAUUUAUCGCCUAAAGCUCUCGAGCAACUCGAAAACUCCAAGGCCAAAUAUCUAACGGGCUGGUCCCUGGGCAAGGAGACGCUCAAAAAUGGCCAGGUUGACACGUUCAAGGGCUCGUAUUACGCCAACUGCGCCUUCUACGUUGAUCCCUCGCUAGACUGCGCCAAACCCACGCCAGAGUUCUCCGAGGCAACAUUUCCGGAAUACCUCUCGCCCAAUCUGUGGCCGAGCGAGGAGACGCUCCCCGGCUUCAAGCCCAGCUUGGAAAACCUGUGCAGGCUGAUUAUCGACGUCGCCGUUCUCGUGGCGCGGGCGUGCGACCGAUUCGCGGAAAAGGAGAUCCAGGACUAUCCCAAAGGAUACCUCGAGCACGUCGUGAGCACUUCCAACACGACCAAGGCCCGCCUCUUGCAUUAUUUCCCACAGACGGAGGACACGGCGCAAGAGCAAGACGGCGGGGACGGGGACGACUGGUGCGCCACCCACCUGGACCACGGCUGCUUGACGGGCCUCACAUCCGCCAUGUUCAUCGACGAGAGCGCGAGCGACCCCGUCGUUCCCGAGGGCGCGACGGGCCAGCUCCCCACGCUCGAGGAGCUCCCCGCCUCGCCCGACCCGGCGGCGGGGCUGUAUAUCAAGUCUCGGGCGGGCGAAACGGUGCAGGUCAAGAUUCCUCGGGACUGCAUCGCCUUCCAGACCGGCGAGGCGCUGGAGAAGAUUACGGCGGGACGGUUCAAAGCGGUGCCGCACUUUGUCCGAGGGGCGGCGCCCUCGGCUGGGGGUGGGAGGGUGGCGCGCAACACGUUGGCGGUGUUUACGCAGCCGAACCUUGGGGAGGAGGUGGACAUUGCGCAGCACAUAACGUUUGGGGAAUUUGCGAGGGGAGUCGUGGCGAAGAAUACUGUCUCGUAG